CCUGCAAAGCCCCUGCUCUUCUUACUAGCAAACACAAAGGAGUUCUUCUUCCUUGUUCUACUGAAACUUCAAUUAUUCUCCCUAUAACUUUUCCAGAGAAUCAAAACAUCAAAGGAAGAAUAAAUAACUUAUGGCUCCUGAUGCUUCUGAUGCCCUUGCAGUGAGGGAAAAAGUUCAAAAUUUCUUAAAUGCUGCGCGGACCGGAAAUUUAGACAUCCUCAAGAAAUUGGCCCAGCUGCUCGAUGAUGGAAAAGGGUUGGCCCAAACGGUAGCAGAUAUUAAGGAUGCUAACAAGAGAGGUGCUCUGCAUUUUGCUGCUAGGGAGGGUCAGACUGAGGUCUGCAAGUACUUGUUGGAGGAGUUGAAGAUGGAUGUUAAUAUAAAGGAUGAAGAUGGAGACACUCCUCUUACCCAUGCUGCUCGGCAAGGACAUACUGGCACUGCCAAAUACCUUGUAGAUCGUGGUGCUGAUCCUUCCAUACCAAGUGAAUUAGGGACCACUGCACUGCAUCAUUCGGCUGGAAUAGGAGACAUUGAGUUGCUAAAAGUCUUACUUGCCAAGGGUGUUAAUGUUGAUUUACAAAGUGAUGCCGGUACUCCACUUAUAUGGGCUGCUGGUCAUGCACAGAAGGAUUCUGUCAAAGUGCUGCUCGAACAUAAUGCCGACCCAAAUGUUAAAACUGAAGAUGAUAUUACUCCUCUGUUAUCAGCUGUUGCAGCAGGUUCAUUAGCAUGUCUGGAGUUGUUAAUUAAGGCAGGUGCAACGGUGAAUGUUACGGCAGGUGGAGCGACACCUUUACACAUUGCUGCUGAUGGUGGCAGCCCAGAAAUCAUAAACUGCUUAUUACAAGCUGGUGCUGAUCCUAAUGCCACCGAUGAGGAUGGAUUCAAGCCAAUACAGGUUGCAGCUGCAAGAGGAAACAGGGUGGCUGUUGAGAUUCUUUUCCCUGUAACAUCGCCACAUGCUGACAUACCCGAAUGGAGUGUUCAUGGAAUCCUUCAAUACAUGCAACAUGAAACAGGAAGAAAAGAGGAAGAAAAUGAAGUACCAAAGGACUCGAAUCAACUGAAGGAUAUUGCAUCCCCAAAGCAAGAUGUGCCUGAGUUCCAGGUGUCUGUUGAAGCCAAGAAGAAAGCAGCUGAAGCAAAGGCAAGGGGAGAUGAUGCUUUUAGGAGGAAAGAUUUUAUGGCUGCAGUUGAUGCUUAUACGCAGGCUAUUGAUUUUGACCCAAGUGAUGCUACUUUGCUUUCUAAUAGAAGUCUUUGCUGGAUUCGUCUUGGACAAGCUGAUCAUGCUUUAGCUGAUGCAAAGGCAUGUAAGGCUCUUAGGCCAGAUUGGCCCAAAGCUUGGUAUCGUGAGGGUGCUGCUCUUCGACUAUUGCAGAAGUUCGAGGAGGCAGCCAAUGCCUUUUAUGAGGGUGUCAGGCUUAGCCCUGAGAAUAUGGAGCUUGUAACUGCUUUCAGGGAAGCUGUAGAAGCGGGAAGAAAGUUUCAUGGUACACAACAGCCAAAAUCUUGAUAUAUAAUAACAUCAGGAACAAUGUAGUAUUAUCGUGCUAAUUGCAUUGGGCAAUUGCCAUUUAAUUUUGUUACUGAAUCAAUCCUUUUAAUUUUAUUUUUUCCUCAUAUUGUUCAAUCUAGUAUGUUGCAGGGACACAGUUUUAUCAGUGGACAUGAUUAGAAUUGUUUGGUUUC